AUGUCAGAGUACUCAGAGACUUUCAUGAAUCAUAAAGGAGCUUGCCAAAAUCAUGAUCAUGUUUGCCCAGAUAUAAGGUGUGGGGUAAAUGAGCCACCAAUUCGAUUCCCUUUCCGGCUCUACGACCAGCCAUCGUACUGUGGCUUCUUCGGGUUCGAACUACAAUGCAAUGGAAACAACAGAACUGAAAUUGAGCUGCCAGCCAAUUCUGGGAUGAAAUUCCUUGUUAAGGAAAUAUCAUACAAAUCUCAGGAAAUUCACUUGUAUAAUAAAUACUACAAGUGCAAGCUUGAGGAAGAUAAAUUGAAAAUCCUCGAUCUUUCAAUUGGUCCUCCUUUUGAAUUCUCAUCCGCUCAUUUUCCCACAGUUGGCUCUAUUCUAUUCAACUGCUCUUCCAGUACUGGAUUUGAAGGUACUAUCUAUUGCAUCAGGGCUGUUGAAUCUACCGCCAACAUCGGUUUAUAUUUGAGAGAGCUCGUGUCAUGUACGAAGAUAGUCGACAAGUCAUCACUUCCGCCGGAAUUAUUUCGAGACUCUAAUUUUCAGUUGACAUGGCGGAACCCAAGUUGUGCACAUUGUGAAGCAAAAGGAAAGAGAUGUGGAUUAUUGAAGAGAAAGGGUGCUGAGAUUGAAACUGAGUGCUUUGGGAUGAUGUCCAAAACACAAGAAGGUCAUGGCCUCGGGUUGGAAGAAAUAAUGACUGCGGGUACAAUCUUAGGUUCUUUUCUUCUUAUACCAGCAGUCAUGGUGAUUUCUUUUGCUGUGGAGAAAAAAGAAAGAAAAAAUCGAUUGAGAAUUCAAAAGUUUUUAGAUGAUUAUAAAGCUUUGAAGCCGUCGAGAUAUUCCUAUGCCGACAUUAAGAAGAUCACUAAUCAGUUUAAGGAGAAGCUAGGGCAAGGAACCUACGGAACAGUGUUUAAAGGCAAGAUUUCCAAUGAAAUCUUCGUCGCCGUGAAGGUCCUAAACAAUUCCAAGGGAAAUGGAGAUGAGUUCAUCAAUGAAGUACGAGCAUUGGGUCAAAUUCACCACGUGAAUGUGGUUCGCCUUGUCGGCUACUGCGCCGAAGGAUUUAGAAGAGCCCUUAUGUAUGAGUUCUUACCAAAUAAUUCACUUGAGAAGUAUAUAUUGUCAAUGGCCGGGGGCGUAAAUCAUUCACUUAGUUGGGAAACAUUGCAGGAUAUUGCUUUAGGCAUAGCUAAGGGAAUCGAGUAUCUCCACCAAGGCUGUGAGCAGCGGAUUUUGCAUUUCGACAUCAAGCCCACUAACAUUCUGCUAGACCACAACUUUAAGCCAAAAAUUUCUGAUUUUGGUCUUGCUAAGUUGUGUUCUAAGGAUCAAAGUAUAGUGUCAAUGACCAAAUCUAGGGGGACUAUUGGUUAUAUUGCACCCGAGGUCUUCUCCAAGAACUUUGGAAACGUUUCUUAUAAAGCCGAUGUCUACAGUUUCGGAAUGUUGUUGCUUGAAACGGUAGGAGGAAGGGAGAUCACAAACAUGACAGAUGAAAACACUAGUGAAGUUUACUACCCAGAAUGGAUUUACAAUCUUUUAGAAGAAGGAAAAGAUCUCCGAAUAGAAAUUGAGGAAGAGGGAGACAAUAAAAUCGCAAAGAAACUUGCUGUUGUAGGACUUUGGUGCGUCCAAUGGUAUCCCGCCGGCCGCCCUACUAUGAAAGUUGUAGUUCAAAUGUUGGAAGCAGGAUGGGAAGAAUUAACCUUGCCGCCUAAUCCAUUUGCUUCUAUAGGUCCAUCAAAUGAAAAUACGUACCAACCGAAUAGAAUAUUUUUGUAG